AUGCAGGGCUAUACCUCCCAGCAAUUUUUAACGCAGCUACGGUCUACCAAGCAGCAACAGCUACCGCCGCUACCGCAGCUACAGCAGCUAUCGCAGCCUCAGCCGCAGCAGCCAUCGCAGCCUAGACAGCAGCAGCCAUCGCAGCCUCAACAGCAGCCGUCAUCACAGCCUCAGCUGCCGCAGCCAUCGCAGCCUCGACAGCAGCAGUCAUCGCGGCCUCAGCAGCAGCGGCCAGCGCAGCAGACAGGAGCCCCGCUGAUCCAGCCUGGGCAACGCGCCGCAGUCUCCGCCCGGGUCGCCGACACUGCCGACGGCUCAGCAGAGACCAGAGUCGUGCCGCAGUCUCCGCCCGGGUCGCCGACACUGCCGACGGCUCAGCAGCGACCAGAGUCGACCUCCGUGCGGAAGGUGACCCUCCAGCUUGCUGCCUGGAAGCUACACCGGCUGGACAUACCGUCGCCUGCCAGGACUAGGCCACCGAGGUACUGCCUACACCCGUGGGACCUGCGAGUGUGCCGGUACACCUCACCACGAUAUCUGCAGACGCCUCCGCCAGCGAGACAGCCAGAGCCGUUCUCUGGAUCGGAGUGGGAGACCACUAACCAACCCGGAGACGAGAACGCAAACUACUGGGGCCCGGAAAAGAGGACCGCGACGCAGCCUGCGCUCACUUACUGCGAGCGAAUAAUUGAGAAGCGUCGUACCACCAAGUGGACUCAUACGCAGCCACCGCUCACCUACAAGGAGCGAAGUCCCUCUAAUUUAAUUGAGAAUUAUGUGCUAAUCAUAAUAUGCGGAAGGCCUAGUGAUAAUACGAAAGAGUGUGUCUAUUUUGAAUGUCUAAACACAACUGCCGGUGUCGACCUUCUGACUGUCGACAUACAGAUCGUUGCCUAG